ACUUUACUGUGAAUCACGUGACCGCGUCAUUGUGGCAGGCGGAAAUGAAAGUUAACUAGCGGUACCAGAAGAUCACAGCUGGAAAGGGCUGUGAUGUCAUGGCAGCUGCCAGCGUGACAAGACCUGGCAGUGUCCAGACCACAGAGAAAUCACAGUUGACCUUGAAAGUGGUCUCAGCAAAGCCUCAGUCACCCAAGCUGCCCAACCGCUCCAGACUCAGCUCUUUCGUGGAGGUGACUGCUGAUGGCCUGAGUAGUGAAACCAAGAAAACAGGCAAACGAACUGGGCACCUUGAGCUGCAGUGGAAUGAGGACCUUACCCUGAAUGUGACUCCUCAGAGCCACUUAGAUCUCAAGUUGUGGAGUUGCCACACCUUGAGGAAGGAGUUGCUGGGAAGUGCCACCAUUGACCUGCUUGACACCCUGCGAACACAUGAUGGCAAGAUGGAGAAUCUGCAGCUCAGUCUGGUCUUGCAGACAGAGAACAAAGGCUCAGUUGUAGCAGGAGGCGAGCUGAACGUCUGUCUGGACGGCCUGGUUGUUGAUCUGGGAUCUUUGCCCAAUGGCAGCACAGCAACAGACAAGAUCCUGCCGUCGGACAGGCCAAACCUCCGCAGGGCCCAGAGUGAAGAGACCCCAGGGACAGACGGAGGGUCCCGUGGCCGGACUCACAGACACUCUGCAGGCGGUUCCCGUGGUGGUUCCCCGGGGGGGACCCUGACUAACGGAGAACCGACCGAGGAGCAAAGUCCCGGGGCUUCCGGCCGCCACCGCUCGGCCAAGAACUCCCACAGCAGCCCUGGGAGUGCAGGUAAAGUGGAGCUGACUGCCAACGGGCUGGAGAAUGGCCGCAGCAGUCUGGCUCGUCACACACCCCCUCCCUCGUCCCCGUCGCUCCGGUCCCCAGCCCCCGGCGGCAGCCCCUCUACUGGGCUAGACAGUACCGUCCUCCCCCCUCCUCUCGAGGCGCCUCCUGCCAGCGCCAACACAGACCCGGCCAACACAACCUCUGCUACAGAGCCCGUUCCGGAGUCACUGCCAAAUGGCUGGGAACAGCGAGUGCUCCCCCAUGGCAGGGUGUACUAUGUAGACCACAACACGAAGACCACCACUUGGGAGAGACCUCUUCCACCCGGUUGGGAGAAGCGUGUGGACCAGCGAGGCAGGUUCUACUAUGUGGACCACAACACCAGAACCACCACCUGGCAAAGGCCCACGGCGGAGUCUGUCCGGAACUAUGAGCAGUGGCAGUCCCAACGCAGCCAGCUCCAGGGUGCCAUGCACCAGUUCAGCCAGAGGUUCCUUUACCAGUCGUCGGGCGUUCCUGCUGUGGAAAAUGACCCUCUUGGUGUGCUCCCUCCAGGAUGGGAGAAACGCCAGGACAAUGGCAGGGUGUAUUUUGUCAACCACAACACACGGACCACACAGUGGGAGGACCCAAGAACCCAAGGGAUGAUCCAGGAGCCCCCUCUGCCCCCGGGCUGGGAAAUGAAGUACACCGCCGAGGGAGUCCGAUAUUUUGUGGAUCACAACUCUCGCACCACCAGCUUUAAAGACCCUCGUCCCGGGUUUGAGUCAGGGUCGAGGACGGGUGGUUCCCCCGGGGCCUACGAUCGCAGCUUCAGGUGGAAAUACCACCAGUUCCGCUUCCUGUGCCAUUCCAACGCCUUACCAAGUCACGUGAAAAUCUCGGUGUCCAGACAGACUCUGUUCGAGGACUCAUUUCAGCAGAUCAUGAACGUGAAACCCUACGACCUUCGCCGGCGCCUCUACAUCAUCAUGAGAGGGGAGGAAGGUCUUGAUUAUGGAGGCAUCGCCAGAGAGUGGUUCUUCCUGCUGUCUCAUGAGGUGCUGAACCCAAUGUACUGUCUGUUUGAGUAUGCUGGGAAGAACAACUACUGUCUGCAGAUCAACCCCGCCUCCUCCAUCAAUCCUGACCACCUGACAUACUUCCGCUUCAUAGGCCGAUUCAUCGCCAUGGCCCUGUACCACGGCAAGUUCAUUGAUACUGGCUUCACGCUGCCCUUCUACAAGCGUAUGCUCAACAAGAAACCCACUCUGAAAGACUUGGAGUCCAUUGACCCUGAGUUUUACAACUCCAUCAUGUGGGUCAAGGAUAACAGUCUGGAGGAGUGUGGAGUGGAGCUGUACUUUGCUCAGGAUAUGGAGAUCCUGGGGAAGGUCUCCACCCACCAGCUGAAGGAUGACGGUGAGAACGAGCUGGUGACCGCUGACAACAAGGAGGAGUACAUCAGUCUGCUGACGGACUGGCGCUUUACGCGGGGGGUGGAGGAGCAGACCAAGGCCUUCCUGGAUGGCUUCAACGAGGUCGUUCCUCUGGAGUGGCUACGCUACUUUGACGAGAAGGAGUUGGAGCUGAUGCUCUGUGGGAUGCAGGAGAUCGACCUAAGUGACUGGCAGAAGAACACCAUUUAUCGUCACUACACCAAGAACAGCAAGCAGAUACACUGGUUCUGGCAGGUUGUAAAGGAGAUGGACAAUGAGAAGCGGAUCCGUCUGCUCCAGUUUGUCACAGGAACAUGUCGUCUGCCAGUCGGAGGCUUUGCUGAACUUAUAGGGAGCAAUGGACCACAGAAAUUCUGUAUAGACAAGGUGGGGAAGGAGACUUGGCUUCCAAGAAGCCACACCUGCUUCAAUCGUCUGGACCUGCCGCCAUACAGGAGUCUGGAACAGCUGAGAGAGAAACUUAUGUUUGCCAUCGAGGAGACUGAAGGAUUUGGGCAGGAAUAAGGGAAGAAAGUGAGGGUUGUUGGAUAGAGAAUGAAGAGUCAUUCAGAUGUUUGUUUUUUUUGUUUCGUUUUGUUAAUCACCAGGAAAUGAACUCUCCGAUCAUCUGCGCAUCUAGCCUCCACUCCCAGAUCAUCUGUGUUUGGGAAACCGUAGAGAACAUCAGGGUGGGGGGUGGGGGGGUUGUUCAUGUACAAGCUGACCUGAGGGGCUGGUCCAGACUGGUUUAUGUUCUAAUAUUUGACCAUUAACCCCCCCUCGUGCCCCAAGACCCCUCUCACUAGUUCUAGAGACACACCAAAAACAUAAAACAGGAAGUCUUCAGAUAAUUAUAUCAACUGCAAAUUGCAAUGACAGCACAGCUACAGCAAAUAUAUCAUAUCUAAGAGGAACGAACAUUUUAAUAUUGAGUGAGAGUGUGUGUGAAUGGAAGAGAGAGAGAGAGAGGUUAUAUAUUUAGGGGCCUGUGUUAAAAAGGAUAGAUUGGUGAUUUUAUUUCUUUUUUGUUCAUUGUGAAAUUCUGCUUUACCUGUACAUAGCUAAAAUAAAUGACUCAAAUCUUGAAGUGGGUUGAUUGUGAUAGUUUUUCAGAUCCUUGGGUGGAAAUGUUAUACUUGAUUCUGAUUUUAUUUAGAUUUUUUUGCUAGAUCAAUUAUUUUGUCAUGUUCAUUAAAAUGAUUACCAUGAUUGAUAAAGAUGACAAAAAAGACCAUUAAUUAAGGUGUACGGUUUAUGUGCUUAAAGGCACAUCAUGUUCCCCACGAAAAACCCUCCGUGUUACAGUCCAAGUAAUGUUGUGAAUGAUGGAUUUCUAUCAGCCCAAUUUUGCCAGAUUGGACUGGGGAGUCUACAGUGUGGCUGGUUUCGGAUUUGAGGCAACAGUUUUAAACGUGCCUGUUACAGGACCACCGCCUGGUCGAUGGGAAUUGAAUAUCAUAUCUUGAGUCUUGGCUGCAUCUGUUUAAUGUGUACCAAAUGCUUUAAUGUGUGUCCUUGAAUCAUAUGCCAGACUACACCCAUGUGAACCUUUAGUGGUCAAUAAGUUGUUUUAAGAACUAGUCUGGAAAAUAUUGCAUAGAGGCGUGUGUCCAUAGAUGCCAUAUAUCACAUUUUGUGCGAAGUAACCACAAAAUUAUGCUUUUCACAAAAUUGUAAAUGGUGAGAAAAAAAGAUGUAUUUUGAA